GUUAUAGAAUAUCCAAUGGACCUAUUUACUAUAAAUUCAAAAUUAGAAAAUAAUCAAUAUACAAGUUUAAAAGAAUUUGAAAAAGAUAUUCAUUUAAUAUUUUGUAAUUGUUAUACAUAUAAUGAUAUUAAAAGUAAAGAAUAUUGUUCAGGUAAAAUAUUAGAAUCUAUUUUUAAUGAAAAAUGGAAUGAAAAAAUUAUUCUUUAUGAUAGACAAACAAGAGAACUGAAAAGAGUAAGAGAUACUGAUACUGAUGAUACUGAUGAUACUGAUAGAUCCUGGAAGAAACAAUGUCAAAUUUUAGAACAUAAUAAAAAUAAUUUAAUAUAUAGACAGGUUAUUAAUAAUGCGCUCCUUAUUGCUUCAGCAUAUGAAAGUCUUGUUAUAGGUAAUAAUUUUAUACCUUUUAUUGAAAUUUUAAAGACAUUUCUAUUAACUAGAUCAAGAAUGUCUUUAUCUUUAGCAAAUGAAUCUAUACUUCAGGCAAUUAUUGAAAGUCUUUUACCAUUAAAGACUCAACAGAAUUUUUUUAAACAUUUCGACAAGUUAAAUUUUUAA